GAUAUAAAUACUCCCCGUUCGGACUCGAAUCGGUCACCGCUCCCGCCUUCGUACUCUUCAGUUCGCAACUCGAGAGGCGAGCUUCGAGAUAAAGGCGUGGCUUCGCCGUCUACUGUGUCCGCUAUUGUCCCUCCAUCCCCGGCCUCACCUGCAUCACAACUUUCCUUCAGCCACGAUGCAGGACGCAACGCUCCCUCUUCGGCGCUUCAUCCUCGCGUGGCCGUCAUUCUGGGAGUCGACAGGAAGUGGCACGCGCCUCUGCUGGUCUGUCGGGCGCUGAGCACGGUGCCUGCUGCAUGGUGGGGGCUGCGGUGUGCUUUUACUUUUCUGGCUGAGCUUCUUCACAUACGGCCGGGGAUGGGACGGGAGGGUUGGGCGGCAGCAAUUAUCGGGAGUGUUGGACAAGAUUGGGAUGUAGAGAGGAGAUUUAGAGUGACGGAGGUGGCAUUGGCUAUUAUGUGGUGCUGCGCAUCCGCAUAUCUUUCUUAUUUUUUUGCUGAUUGCAUGAUGUCUCGAUGGCUUUUGAAUUAUACCCCACCGGCUGUUGUCAUUCGUCUUCUUACAACAAACGGGCUGAUCGCUUACAUUACUUCUUGGGUUCUUUACCUCUCCGGUGCAUCGUCAGACCCACGUCUUCUUCUACCGGCAUGGAUAUCGAUCACAACAACCCUUACCUUCCUCUACCACGCCACUCAAAACCACGCCACAAUUAAGCGUGAGACAACCGCAUCGUUGUUGGUCGUAUCAGUCGCCAGCUUCGUCAGUAUGUCCUCGCUUCUUCUGCAGCUACACUUGACCCGCGAGAACGAGCCAGAGGUACCCUUGUUCGUGAUCACACGGAAGUUGUGGGACUGGGCUGUUGCGAUAUUCCUUCGUAUGCGAGUUGCGGAUGCAAGGGCUGGAGCUAGGGAGCUGUAA